AUUGAACACUGCAUUUAGCCAUCCCCAGAAAUGCCUCCGCAGACCACCAGGCGGCUCCCUCUUCAACCAUUUUGUUUGGCGUAUCAGCACUUCCGUCAACAUCGUGUAACUUCUGUAGUGGGCGGAGGAGGAGGAGGAGGAGUCGGGCAGACUGGCUCUUUCGCCCUCCCGCCAGAACUCGCAAUGAUCCCGGCGUGGAUUCGGGCCGUUGGCGGGGCCUGGCGCCCUUGUUGGGCCGGGGGUCGGGCGAUGCCCUCGCGGCCUCUCAGCGCCGACAACGGCCGACGGAGGAGUACCUUUGAUGUGGUUGUCAUUGGUGGUGGAAUUGUGGGUCUAGCAUCAGCCAGGGAGCUUAGCCUGCGCCAUCCGUCUCUUGUUUUUGCAGUACUUGAAAAAGAAAAGGAAUUAGCUCUCCAUCAAAGUGGGCAUAACAGUGGUGUUAUUCACAGUGGAAUCUACUAUACACCUGGAUCCCUAAAAGCUAAGUUGUGUGUAGAAGGAGCUGUUCUCUGCUAUGAAUAUUGUGACCAAAAAAGAAUCCCAUAUAAACAAUGUGGCAAGCUGAUUGUUGCAGUUGAACAUGAAGAAAUUCCAAGACUCAAGGCACUUUAUGAAAGGGGGACACAGAAUAAUGUCCGGGGGCUGAAACUAAUCUCUCCCAAAGAAAUACAAGCCAAGGAACCCUAUUGUCGGGGGUUGAUGGCUCUGGAUUCCCCAUACACCGGCAUUGUGAACUACAGGCAGGUGGCCCUAGCCUAUGCUGAAGAUUUUCAGACAGCUGGAGGUACUAUAUUGACAGAGUUUGAGGUGGAACACAUGGAUAUGGCAAAGGAAAGUGCUGAAGGAAGUAAAGAAGGGAUGAAAUAUCCAGUUGUUGUUAGAAAUUCAAAGGGGAAGGAAGUCCGAUGCCGCCAUCUUGUGUCCUGUGCAGGACUUUACUCGGACAGACUCUCCCAGAUCAGUGGUUGUGACCCAGAGCCCCGCAUUGUGCCUUUCCGGGGAGAUUAUUUGGUGCUGAAGCCAGAGAAGUGCUAUUUAGUUAAAGGAAACAUUUAUCCGGUACCUGAUCCCCGUUUCCCCUUUCUGGGCAUUCAUUUUACCCCACGGAUGGAUGGUAAUGUCUGGCUUGGGCCAAAUGCAGUCCUUGCAUUUAAACGAGAGGGCUACAAGUUUUAUGACUUCAGCAUUCAAGAUUUUAUAGAUGCAGCUGCUUACAGUGGCUUAUGGAAACUAGUGCUGAAGAAUUUUUCAUAUGGGGUGGGUGAAAUGUACAGAGCAUGUUUUCUAAAUGCCCAAUUGAAGCAGCUGCAAAGAAUCAUCCCUGAAGUUACCAUCAAUGAUAUUCAGAGAGGACCUGCUGGGGUCAGAGCUCAAGCCUUGGACAGUGGUGGGAACUUGAUUGAUGAUUUUGUGUUUGAUAGUGGAACUGGAGACAUUGCUGCUCGAAUACUCCAUGUCAGGAACGCCCCUUCACCUGCUGCCACCUCCUCCCUUGCCAUUGCAAAAAUGAUAGCCAAUGAGGUGGAGAAGAGAUUCACAUUGUGACUGGACAGUGAAGACUUGGGCCUCUUUGCUCCCCCUCCUCCUAGCUACUGUGACAGUCAAAGAAAAAAAGGGCUGCUUCCUGUUUGGAAACAGAGGAUUAAAAAAAAGAAUCACCUAUUAGUUUGCCAUACAAAACCAUCAAACUUGACCACGAUCAGUAUCACAGUACUGAAACUAUUUAAAAGGAUAGGAAGAUCCAUUAACUGUUAUAUUAACUUUGUUAAAGGAAAAUUAUGUUUAUAUAUUAGAACAAUUAGCAAACCAGAAUCUUCCUCCUUUUCCUUAAGAGGUCGCUUGUGUCUGAAUAAAGUUUUUUCCAAAUAGAGUAAUAGGAAGACUAGACCAAGAGAGCCAGUUUUGCCUAGGUUUCUGUUUCUUAUUUGCACAAAGAAUCAAUGAUGGGCUUAGUAUUUUAAAAAAUACUUGAGCAAGCAAAAGAUGUAGACUUUUCUUCAAUCUUAGAAUCAUCUGAAAAAAGUGGAAUCAAUAAACUGUCCAUUGAUCAUGGUAUCAGUAGGAAAGAAUAUUUGUGCACUGAUGAUGUUACCUGAUUGGGUAAUGAUAUGAAUGAAUUUUUUAUUGGCCAAGUGUGAUUGGACACACAAGGAACUUGUCUUGGUGCAAAUGCUCUCAGUGUACAUAAAAAGAAAAGAUACAUUCGUCAAGAAUCAUAAGGUACGACACUUAAUAUAGUCAUAGGGUACAAAUAGGCAAACUAUAUAUAACUGGUGUCAUCUUUAGCAGAAGUUAUGCUGUGAACUUCCAGAAAAAAGAUAUCAGUCAAGCAUCUUUGGUCUCCAGUUUUUAUUUUUAGCAAAGGAAUGCCGACAAAAAUACAAGCAACUGUUGGCCAGAAGUAAAGUAUUGCAGGAUAAUGCAAUACUUUACCCUUACCAAACUCUUUGAGGAAAAGGACCAGGUUGCAAAUACUGCUAGUAAAACAUGGCUUUUGUCUUUCCAUGUAAAUAUUGCCUCUAUGGUUUGUCUCAGGGUGUUUUUUCUUUUGCUUUCUCAUUGCUAGAAAUUAGGCUGUUCUCUAAAUUGCUGGCUAAUGAAUCAGAGAUCAUUUCCUGAUUUUAUUUGCAUACAGUCUUCCUUUUCUAGAUGGCCCAAACAUGUAAGUAUUGUAUGUGAUUGAAUUUGGAACAUUCUUUUAAAAUAAAAGUUAAUGGAAUAUGAUGAAAUAAAAGCAUUGAUCCAAACCAU